AUGAGCGCCCCUCCGGUCCUGCGGCCGCCCAGUCCGCUGCUGCCUGUGGCGGUGGCGGCGGCGGCAGCGGCGGCCGCGCUGGUCCCGAGGUCGGGGCCGGGGCCCGCGCCUUUCCUGACUCCCGCCGCGGCUCCUGCUGGGGGCAUCUCCUUCCAUCUGCAGAUCGGCCUGAGCCGCGAGCCCGUGUUGUUGUUGCAAGACUCGUGCGGGGAUUACAGCCUGGCUCAUGUCCGCGAGAUGGCUUGCUCCAUCGUCGACCAGAAGUUCCCUGAAUGUGGUUUCUACGGAUUGUAUGAUAAGAUCCUGCUUUUUCGCCAUGAUCCUACCUCUGAAAACAUCCUUCAGCUCGUGAAAACGGCUAGUGAUAUCCAAGAAGGUGAUCUUAUUGAAGUUGUCUUGUCAGCUUCUGCCACCUUCGAAGACUUUCAGAUCCGUCCCCAUACUCUAUUUGUUCAUUCGUACCGAGCUCCAGCCUUCUGUGAUCACUGUGGAGAAAUGCUGUGGGGGCUAGUACGUCAAGGCCUGAAAUGUGAAGGAUGUGGUCUGAAUUACCACAAGAGAUGUGCAUUUAAAAUCCCCAACAAUUGUAGCGGAGUGAGGCGGAGACGCCUCUCAAAUGUUUCCCUCACUGGACUAGGCCCUGUCCGCACGGCGUCUGCUGAGCUCUCCACCAGUGCCCCUGAUGAGCCCCUUCUGCAAAAGUCACCUUCGGAGUCAUUUAUCAACCGAGAGAAGAGAUCGAAUUCUCAGUCAUACAUUGGAAGACCAAUUCAGCUGGACAAGAUUUUGAUGUCUAAAGUAAAAGUGCCGCACACAUUUGUCAUCCACUCAUACACCCGGCCCACUGUGUGCCAGUAUUGCAAGAAGCUUCUCAAGGGCCUUUUUAGGCAGGGAUUGCAGUGCAAAGAUUGCAGAUUCAACUGUCAUAAGCGUUGUGCACCCAAAGUACCAAACAACUGCCUGGGUGAAGUGAGCAUUAAUGGAGAUUUAAUUGGCCCUGGGGCAGAAUCUGAUGUGGUCAUGGAAGAAGGGAGCGAUGACAAUGACAGUGAAAGGAACAGUGGCCUCAUGGAUGACAUGGAAGAAGCAAUGGUCCAAGAUGCUGAGAUGGUGAUGGCGGAGUGCCAGAAUGACAGUGGGGAAAUGCAGGAUCCAGACCAAGACCAUGAGGACUCCAACAGAACCAUCAGUCCAUCAACAAGCAACAAUAUCCCACUCAUGCGAGUAGUGCAGUCUGUCAAACACACGAAGAGGAAAAGCAGCACAGUCAUGAAGGAAGGAUGGAUGGUCCACUACACCAGCAAGGAUGCGCUGAGAAAACGGCACUACUGGAGAUUGGAUAGCAAAUGCCUUACCCUCUUUCAAAAUGAUACAGGAAGCAGGUACUACAAGGAAAUUCCUUUAUCAGAAAUUUUAUCCCUGGAACCAGCAAAAGAUACAUCUUCAAUUCCUAAUGGGACCAAUCCUCAUUGUUUUGAAAUCACAACAGCAAAUGUAGUAUAUUAUGUGGGAGAAAAUGUGGUUAAUCCUUCCAGCCCACCACCAAAUAACAGUGUCCUCACCAGUGGCGUUGGCUCAGAUGUGGCCAGAAUGUGGGAGAUGGCCAUUCAGCAUGCCCUGAUGCCUGUCAUUCCUAAGGGCCCAUCUAUGGGCUCAGGAUCCAACUUGCACAGAGAUAUUUCUGUGAGUAUUUCAGUAUCAAACUGCCAGAUUCAAGAAAAUGUGGACAUCAGCACAGUAUAUCAGAUCUUUCCAGAUGAAGUACUGGGUUCUGGGCAGUUUGGAAUUGUGUAUGGAGGAAAACAUCGGAAAACAGGAAGAGAUGUAGCAAUUAAAAUCAUUGACAAAUUAAGAUUUCCAACAAAACAAGAAAGCCAGCUUCGAAAUGAGGUUGCAAUUCUACAGAACCUUCAUCACCCUGGUGUUGUAAAUUUGGAGUGUAUGUUUGAAACGCCUGAAAGAGUGUUUGUUGUUAUGGAAAAACUCCAUGGAGACAUGCUGGAGAUGAUCUUGUCAAGUGAAAAGGGCAGGUUGCCAGAGCACAUAACGAAGUUUUUAAUUACUCAGUUAAUAGUGUAUGGCAGAGCUGGGCUAAGACUUACAAGCACACAAUUUGUGAACUAACCAUUUCUGCAAUCCAAUACAUUGUCACAGGUGAAACUUUGUGAUUUCGGUUUUGCCCGGAUCAUCGGAGAGAAAUCUUUCCGGAGGUCAGUGGUGGGCACCCCAGCUUACUUGGCUCCAGAGGUUCUAAGGAACAAGGGUUAUAAUCGCUCUCUAGACAUGUGGUCUGUUGGCGUUAUCAUCUAUGUAAGCCUCAGUGGCACAUUCCCAUUUAAUGAAGACGAAGACAUACAUGACCAAAUCCAGAAUGCAGCUUUCAUGUAUCCACCAAAUCCCUGGAAGGAAAUCUCUCACGAAGCUAUUGAUCUUAUCAAUAAUUUGCUGCAAGUAAAAAUGAGAAAACGUUAUAGUGUGGAUAAGACCUUGAGUCAUCCUUGGCUACAGGAUUAUCAGACCUGGUUAGAUUUACGGGAGCUGGAGUGCAAAAUCGGGGAACGUUACAUCACCCAUGAAAGUGAUGACUCGAGGUGGGAGCAAUAUGCGGGCAAGCAGGGCCUGCAAUACCCCACACACCUGAUCAAUCUGAGUGCUAGCCACAGUGACAGUCCUGAGACGGAAGAAACAGAGAUGAAAGCCCUCAGUGAACGUGUCAGCAUCCUCUGA